AUGGCGACCAAUCCCACCACCAAAACAGAAGCCCUCUACCAGAAAAACGCACAAUUACACACCCACACCAGCCCAAUCUCCUCUCUCGACACACUCGACUCCCUCCCUGCGGAAACUCAAAGCCUAUUCAAAGCCCCAGAAGGCGCACCCUUCAUCCUCACCACGCCCUCGACAAUCUUCCACGCCCAAGGCGGCGGCCAGCCAUCCGACACCGGAACCAUAAAAUCCAGCUCAUCCAACACAACCUUCCGAGUGCACCAGGUGCGAAAAGUCGACCCCGCGAUCCUGCAUAUGGGCGUCUUCGAACCCGUAGACGCACGCUUCGCCAUCGGCACCCCCGCAGAGCAAAACAUCGACGUAGCAAGCCGGCUGCUGAACUCGCGCCUCCACACCGCCGGCCACGUGAUCGGCCUCGCAGCCAGCCAGCUCGUCACGGAAGGCAAACUGCCCGCCGACCUCGUGGACGGCAAGGCAAGUCACUACCCCGGCGCGGCGUUUGUCGAGUUCCAUGGCCUGAUUGCGGGGGAUAAGAAGGCGGAGAUUCAGGACAAGGUUGAUGAGCUCGUGGCGCGGGAUUUGGGCGUCGCGAUACAUUUUUGGAGCGAGGAGAGGGCGAGGGAGGAGUGUUUGGGUGCUAUGGAGAGCUUUAAGGGGGGGGAGGAGGGUGUGAGGGUUGUGAGUAUUGGGGAGGGGGGGCAGUGUAGUUAUCCUUGUGGGGGUACACAUGUGCAGUCUUUGAGGGAGUGUGGGAGGGUUGUGCUGAGGAAUGUUAAGAGGCAGAAGGGCGUUAGUAAGGUUUCUUAUGAGGUUAGGGAUGCUUAG